GAAUAAGAAAAAGAAGAAGAAGAAGAAGAAGAUGAAGAAGAAGAAAAGGGAAGAAAGAUGCUCGCGGGUUCGGAGGAUCGGGCAUAGAAACAAAUGUACGCAUUAUGUAUUCUUGCUGCCAUUAAUUUGAGGCAGCACGUACAACAAAAUUGGCAAAUUAACUCAACGAGUACUAAACGUAUACCGUCGCAUAUUUCGUUAAAUUUACUAAAAUGCAACGAAACUAAUAACGUACCAAGGAAGAUCGAAAAUUUACGAAAGGAUUUGAAAAAUAAUGUAGAAAUUAAUAACGAAAAUAACGAUCAAACGAUAUGGCAAAGUUCGUGGUUUUAUUUUCGAAAAGUUAUUAAAGGUCCUCGACAGAUCUUCAAUAAUAUCAGCGAAUCAUUCACGAACUCUAAAACUACAAAUAGUCCCUUGUCGAAAAAUAUCUACAAUUCUGUAUUAUUUUUUCCAACUAAUUCAUAAAAUAAAUAUGAAUAUUGAAAUUUAAUAAUUACCAUCAAGGAAAUAAAUCAAUGAGGGACCAAUGAAUCGUUGAUAUAGAAAAUAAAGAAGUCAAACUUUGAGCUGUAUUCCUAAUGGCGCCUUAGGAAUUUAAUUACAGUACUCAAAGUAUUGAAAUAAAUUUACACGUCUAUUAA